UAACUUUAAUACUGCUUUAUUAAAGGCAGUGCAAGCAAAACAAGCUGAAGUAAUAGAAUUUAUUCUUAGAAUAAAAGCAUGUAGUAAUGCCAUAAUCACUAAAAGCAUGGAAAAUAUACUGACUGCAUUACAUUCUGAAGGAAAUCAUAAUGACAGCAUUAUAGAAAUACUUAUUAGCAAGUAUUCCAACAAAUCGUGCAAAAAAGGAUUCAUACUAGCUGCUCAAAAGGGAUUCAUAGAAAUAGUUUUAAAAUUUCUUAAAAGGAAAAUUAACCCAAAUACUAAAAACAAUGAUGGCCAGACAGCAGUCAUGUUGGCUAGUCUAAAUGGUCAUCAACAAGUGGUUGAGUUACUCCUUAAUGAAAAGGCUGAUCCUAACAUUCAACACAAUGAUGGCAGGACAGCACUCAUGUUAGCUAGUCAAAAUGGUCAUCAACAAGUGGUUGAGUUACUCUUUAAUGAAAAGGCUGAUCCUAACAUUCAAGACAAUGAUGGCAGGACAGCACUCAUGUUAGCUAGUCAAAAUGGUCAUCAACAAGUGGUUGAGUUACUCCUUAAUGAAGAGGCUGAUCCUAACAUUCAAAAAAAUAAUGGCACAACAGCACUCAUGGCAGCUAGUGAAAAUGGUCAUCAACAAGUGGUUGAGUUACUCCUUAAUGAAAAGGCUGAUCCUAACAUUCAACACAAUGAUGGCAGGACAGCACUCAUGCUAGCUAGUGAAAAUGGUCAUCAACAAGUGGUUGAGUUACUCCUUAAUGAAAAGGCUGAUCCUAACAUUCAAGACAAUGAUGGCAGGACAGCACUCAUGUUAGCUAGUCAAAAUGGUCAUCAACAAGUGGUUGAGUUACUCCUUAAUGAAAAGGCUGAUCCUAACAUUCAACACAAUGAUGGCAGGACAGCACUCAUGUUAGCUAGUCAAAAUGGUCAUCAACAAGUGGUUGAGUUACUCCUUAAUGAAAAGGUUGAUCCUAACAUUCAAGACAGUGAUGGCAGGACAGCACUCAUGUUAGCUAGUCAAAAUGGUCAUCAACAAGUGGUUGAGUUACUCCUUAAUGAAAAGGCUGAUCCUAACAUUAAAGACGAUUAUGGCUGGACAGCACUCAUGCUAGCUAGUGAAAAUGGUCAUCAACAAGUGGUUGAGUUACUCCUUAAUGAAAAGGCUGAUCCUAACAUUAAAGACGAUUAUGGCUGGACAGCACUCAUGCUAGCUAGUGAAAAUGGUCAUCAA